CCACAGGACAGCGAGCGGGCGGCUGCAGGCGGCGCCGAGCGAGGCCGGGCCAUGGGGCGGUGGACGGCGGGAGCGCUGCUGCUGGCGCUGCUGCUGCACGGACGGCUGCUCGCGGUGAUCCAUGGGCUGAGAGCCUACGAUGGCCUGUCUCUGCCUGAGGACACAGAGACCGUCACAGUGGGCCGGGCUGGCUGGAGCUACUCAUACCUUUCUGAUGACGAGGACUUGCUGGCUGAUGAUGCAUCUGGAGAUGGCCUGGGCAGUGGGGACCUGGGCAGCGGGGACUUCCAGAUGGUGUAUUUCCGGGCCCUGGUAAAUUUCACUCGCUCCAUCGAGUACAGUCCCCAGCUAGAAGAUGCAGGCUCCAAGGAGUUUCGAGAGGUGUCAGAGGCUGUGGUGGACAAGCUGGAGUCAGAAUACUUGAAGAUUCCUGGAGACCAGGUUGUCAGCGUGGUGUUCAUCAAGGAACUGGACGGCUGGGUCUUUGUGGAGCUGGAUGUGGGCUCAGAAGGGAAUGCAGAUGGGGCUCAAAUCCAGGAGGUGCUGCACACGGUCGUCUCUGAAGGCUCCAUUGGCUCUUACAUUACCUCUCCCCGGGGAUUCCAGUUCCGACGCCUGGGCACAGUGCCCCAGGUCCCAAGAGUCUGCACGGAGGCUGAGUUUGCCUGCCAUAGCCACAAUGAGUGUGUGGCGUUGGAGUAUCGCUGUGACCGGCGGCCUGACUGCAGGGACAUGUCUGAUGAGCUCAAUUGCGAGGAUGAAGUCCCUGAGUUCAGCUCCUUGCUACCCUCUGUGGUGGAGAUGACACCUUCACCAGUUUGGCCAGAGCCAACUACAAAACAGCCACCUCCAGACACGCCUGGACCCCAGUCUCUGCUCCCCGGUCCAGACAGGCCCUUGCCUUGUGGCCACCAGGAGGUUGCAUGCCACAGCGGCCACUGCAUCCCCAAAGACUACCUCUGUGACGGGCAGGAGGACUGCAGAGAUGGUAGUGAUGAGCUGGACUGCGGGCCCCCCCAGCCCUGCGAGCCCAAUGAGUUCCCCUGUGGAAAUGGGCACUGUGCCCUCAAGCUGUGGCGUUGUGAUGGUGACUUUGACUGCGAGGACCACACAGAUGAGGCCAACUGCCCUGCAAAGCACCCUGAGGAAGUGUGCGGGCCCACGCAGUUUCGAUGCGUCUCCACCAACAAGUGCAUCCCUGCCAGCUUCCACUGUGAUGAGGAGAGCGACUGUCCUGAUCGCAGCGACGAGUUUGGUUGCAUGCCUCCCCAGGUGGUGACCCCACCCCAGGAGUCCAUCCAGGUUUCCCGAGGCCAGACGGUUACCUUCACCUGUGUGGCCAUCGGCGUCCCUAUCCCCAUCAUCAACUGGAGACUCAACUGGGGCCAUAUCCCCUCUCAUCCCAGAGUGACAAUGACCAGUGAAGGUGGCCGCGGCACUCUGACCAUUCGUGACGUGAAGGAGGCAGACCAGGGUGCCUACACGUGUGAGGCCAUGAACGCGCGUGGCAUGGUGUUUGGCAUUCCCGAUGGCGUGCUGGAGCUUGUCCCACAGCGAGCAGGUCCCUGCCCCGACGGGCACUUCUACCUGGAGCACAGCGCCUCCUGCCUGCCCUGCUUCUGCUUUGGGGUGACCAGUGUGUGCCAGAGCAGCCACCGCUUCUGGGACCAGAUCCGGCUGCAAUUUGACCAGCCCGAGGACUUUAAGGGUGUGAACGUGACGAUGCCUGCACAGCCUGGCAUGCCACCCCUCUCCUCCACCCAGCUGCAGAUCGACACAACUCUGCAGGAGUUCCAGCUGGUCGACCUGUCACGCCGCUUCCUCAUCCACGACUCUUUCUGGGCUCUGCCCGAGCAGUUUCUGGGCAACAAGGUGGACUCCUAUGGUGGCUCCCUGCGCUACAAGGUGCGCUAUGAGCUGGCGCGUGGCAUGCUGGAGCCAGUGCAGCGGCCGGACGUGAUCCUUGUGGGUGCUGGAUAUCGCCUACUAUCCCGAGGCCAUACGGCCACCCAGCCUGGGGCUGUGAACCAGCGCCAGGUCCAGCUUUCGGAGGAGCACUGGGUGCAUGAGUCCGGCCGGCCAGUGCAGCGGGCAGAGAUGCUGCAGGUGCUGACGAGCCUGGAGGCGGUGCUCAUCCAGACCGUGUAUAACACCAAGAUGGCCAGCGUGGGACUGAGCGACAUCACCAUGGACACCACCGUCACCCAUGCCACCAGCCAUGGCCGCGCCUACACUGUGGAGGAGUGCAGGUGCCCCAUUGGGUAUUCUGGCUUGUCCUGCGAGAGCUGUGAUGCCCACUUUACCCGAGUCCCUGGUGGGCCCUACCUGGGCACUUGCUCUGGCUGCAACUGCAAUGGCCAUGCCAGCUCCUGUGACCCUGUGUAUGGCCACUGCCUGAAUUGCCAGCACAACACUGAAGGACCACAGUGCAACAAGUGUAAGGCUGGCUUCUUUGGGGACGCCACAAAGGCCACCGCCAUUGCCUGCCGGCCCUGCCCGUGCCCGUACAUUGAUGCCUCCCGCAGAUUCUCAGACUCUUGCUUCCUGGACACGGAUGGCCAAGCCACGUGUGAUGCAUGUGCCCCCGGCUACACAGGCCGACGCUGUGAGAGCUGUGCCCCCGGGUACGAAGGCAACCCCAUCCAGCCGGGCGGGAAGUGCAGGCCCAGCAACCAGGAGAUUGUGCGCUGUGAUGAGCGAGGCAGUGUGGAGACUGCAGGAGAGGCCUGCCGCUGUAAGAACAAUGUGGUGGGGCGCUUGUGCAACGAGUGUGCUGAUGGCUCAUUCCACCUGAGCUCGCAGAACCCCGACGGUUGCCUUAAGUGCUUCUGCAUGGGUGUCAGCCGCCAGUGCACCAGCUCCUCCUGGAGCCGUGCCCAGGUGCUUGGGGCCUCAGAGGAGCCCACCCAGUUCAGCCUGACCAAUGCUGCCGGCACCCACGCUACCAGCGAGGGCAUCUCAUCCCCCACACCUGGAGAGCUGGUUUUCUCCUCCUUCCACACCCUCUUAUCUGGACCCUACUUCUGGAGCCUCCCGUCACGCUUCCGGGGGGACAAGGUGACCUCCUACGGGGGAGAGCUGCACUUCACAGUGACUCAGCGGCCCCGGCCUGGCUCUGCACCCCUGCAUGGGCAGCCGCUGGUGAUGCUGCAGGGCAAUGGCAUCAUCCUGGAGCACCACACCUCUCGGGAGCCCAGUCCCGGCCAGCCUGCUGCCUUCACCAUACCCUUCCGGGAGCAAGCAUGGCAGCGGCCUGAUGGGCAGCCAGCCACACGGGAGCACCUGUUGAUGGCACUGGCGGGCAUCGACACCCUUCUGAUUCAAGCAUCCUACACCCAGAACCCCGCCGAGAGCAGGGUCUCCGGCAUCAGCAUGGAUAUGGCUGUACCUGAUAGCACUGGUCAGGACCCUGCACUGGAAGUGGAGCAGUGCACCUGCCCACCUGGAUACCGGGGCCCAUCCUGCCAGGACUGUGACACAGGCUACACACGCAUGCCUAGUGGCCUCUACCUGGGCACCUGUGAACGCUGCAGCUGCCAUGGCCACUCGGAAGUCUGUGAGCCUGAGACUGGUGCCUGCCAGGGAUGCCAGCACCACACAGAGGGCCCGCAGUGUGAUCAGUGCCAGCCUGGAUACUACGGGGAUGCCCAGCGUGGGACGCCAUAUGACUGCCAGCCGUGUCCGUGCCAUGGAAUCCCCUCUUCUGGCCAGGCCACCCACACUUGCUUUCUGGAUACAGACGGUCAUCCCACCUGUGACUCCUGCUCCCCAGGACACAGUGGGCGUCACUGUGAGAGGUGUGCCCCAGGUUACUAUGGCAACCCCAGCCAGGGCCAGCCCUGUCAGAGAGAUGGCCAGGUGCCAGACGUGACAGGCUGUGACUGUGACCCCCAGGGCAGUAUCGGCAGCCAAUGUGAUGCCACUGGCCAGUGCCAGUGCAAGGCCCAGGUAGAAGGCCUCACCUGCAGCCACUGCCGGCCCCACCACUUCCAUCUGAGUGCUAGCAACCCUGAAGGCUGCCUGCCCUGCUUCUGCAUGGGUGUCACCCAGCAGUGUGCCAGCUCCUCCUACACACGCCACCUGAUCUCCACCCACUUUGCUCCUGGGGACUUUCAAGGGUUUGCCCUGGUGAACCCACAGCGUAACAGCCGCCUGACUGGAGGCUUCACUGUGGAACCCCUGCCUGAUGGCGUCCAGCUCUCCUUCAGCAACUUCGCCAACCUUGGCCACGAGUCCUUCUACUGGCAGCUGCCGGAGCCAUACCAGGGAGACAAGGUGGCAGCUUAUGGUGGGAAGCUUCGCUACACCCUGUCCUACAUGACGGGGCCACAGGGUAGCCCGCUCUUGGACCCUGAGGUUCAGAUCACGGGCAACAAUAUCAUGCUGGUGGCAUCCCAGCCAGCACCACAGGGCCGUGAGAGGAAGAACUAUGAGAUCAUCUUCCGAGAGGAAUUCUGGCACCGGCCCGACGGGCAGCCGGCCACCCGAGAGCACCUGCUUAUGGCGCUGGCUGACCUGGAUGAGUUCCUGGUCCGGGCCACAUUCUCCUCAGUGCCAAGGGCAGCCAGCAUCAGUGCUGUCAGCCUGGAAGUUGCCCAGCCAGGGCCCUCCCAUGGACCCCAGGCAUUCGAGGUGGAGGAAUGCCGCUGCCCCCCAGGCUAUGUUGGUUUGUCCUGCCAGGACUGCGCCCCUGGCUACACGCGCACUGGGAGCGGGCUCUACCUCGGCCACUGUGAGCUAUGUGAAUGCAAUGGUCACUCAGACCUGUGCCACCCGGAGACCGGGGCCUGCUCGCAAUGCCAGCACAAUACUGCUGGUGAGUUCUGUGAACUGUGUGCACCUGGCUACUAUGGCGAUGCCACUGCCGGGACACCUGAGGACUGCCAGCCCUGUGCUUGCCCGUUGACCAACCCAGAAAACAUGUUCUCCCGCACUUGUGAGAGCUUGGGAGCCAGUGGGUACCGCUGCACAGCCUGUGAACCCGGCUAUGCUGGCCAGUACUGUGAGCAGUGCGCCCCAGGUUACGUGGGUAACCCCAAUGUGCAAGGAGGCCGGUGCCUGCCUCAGGCAGAUCAAGCCCCUCUGGUGGUGCAGGUCCAUCCUGCUCGGAGCGUAGUACCCCAAGGUGGCCCCCACUCCCUGCGGUGCCAGGUCAGUGGGAGCCCACCGCACUACUUCUACUGGUCCCGAGAGGAUGGACGGCCCGUGCCCAGCAGCACCCAGCAGCGACAUCAAGGCUCCGAGCUCCACUUCCCCAGUGUCCAGCCCUCUGAUGCUGGUGUCUACAUCUGCACCUGCCGGAACCACCACCAUACGAGCACCAGCCGGGCAGAGCUGCUGGUCACCGAGGCCCCCAGCAAGCCCAUCACAGUGACAGUGGAGGAACAGCGGAGCCAGAGUGUACGCCCCGGAGCUGACGUCACCUUCAUCUGCACGGCCAAGAGCAAGUCCCCAGCUUACACUCUGGUGUGGACUCGCCUACACAAUGGGAAGCUGCCCUCCAGAGCCAUGGACUUCAACGGCAUCCUGACCAUUCGCAAUGUGCAGCUGAGUGAUGCAGGCACCUACGUGUGCACCGGCUCCAAUAUGUUCGCCAUGGACCAGGGCACAGCCACACUGCAUGUGCAAGCCUCGGGUACCUUGACUGCUCCUGUGGUCUCCAUCCACCCACCACAGCUCACAGUGCAGCCUGGGCAACUGGCUGAGUUCCGCUGCAGUGCCACAGGGAACCCCUCUCCCACCCUUGAGUGGACAGGGGGCCCUGGCGGCCAGCUCCCUCAGAAGGCUCAGAUCCACGGGGGCAUCCUGCGCCUGCCAGCUGUUGAGCCCUCGGAUCAGGGCCAGUACCUGUGCAGAGCCCACAGCAGUGCUGGACAGCACGUGGCCAGGGCCUUGCUGCAGGUGCAUGGGGGCAAUGGACCCAGGGUCCAGGUGAGCCCUGAGAGGACACAGGUGCAUGAGGGGCGCACAGUCAGGCUGUACUGCAGGGCCGCAGGCGUGCCUGGUGCCAGCAUCACAUGGAGGAAGGAAGGAGGCAGCCUGCCCCCACAGGCCCGAUCGGAGCGCACAGACAUUGCCACUCUGCUCAUCCCGGCCAUCACACCUGCUGACGCUGGCUUCUACCUCUGCGUGGCCACCAGUCCCACAGGCACCGCCCAGGCGCGCAUCCAAGUGGUUGUCCUGUCAGCCUCAGGUGCCAGCACACCGCCAGUCCGAAUUGAGUCCUCCUCGCCAUCAGUGACUGAAGGACAGACACUCGAUCUCAACUGUGCAGUGACAGGGUUGGCCCACACCCAGAUCACAUGGUACAAGAGAGGGGGAAGCCUGCCUCCCCAUGCCCAGGUCCACGGCUCCCUGCUGCGGCUCCCCCAGGCCUCCCCAGCUGAUUCUGGAGAAUAUGUGUGUCGAGUGGAGAGUGACUCGGGUCCCAAGGAGGCUUCCAUCAUUGUCUCUGUCCUCCACAGCUCCCACUCUAGCCCCAGCCACACCCCAGCCACUGGCAGCACCCAGCCCAUCCGCAUUGAGUCCUCCUCUUCCAAUGUGGCCGAGGGGCAGACCCUGGAUCUGAAUUGUGUGGUGCCCGGACAGGCCCAGGUGACAUGGCGCAAGCGUGGGGGCAGCCUCCCUGCCCGGCACCAGACCCAUGGCUCCCUACUGCGACUGCACCAGGUGUCCCCUGCCGACUCGGGCGAGUACGUGUGCCAUGUGGUCCUUGGCUCAGAGCACAUGGAGACCUCUGUCCUGGUCACUAUUGAGCCCUCGGACUCCAUUCCUGCCCCAGGACCCAUCCCACCUGUCAGAAUCGAGUCUUCAUCCUCCACAGUGGCCGAGGGGCAGACCCUGGAUCUCAAUUGUGUGGUGGCAAGACAGGCCCACCCACAGGUCACGUGGUACAAACGUGGAGGUAGCCUUCCCGCCCGGCACCAGGUCCGAGGCCCCCGCCUGUACAUCUUCCAAGCCUCCCCAGUGGACGCAGGAGAAUAUGUCUGUAGAGCCAGCAACGGCCUGGAGGCCUCCAUCACAGUCACAGUGACCAGCACCCAGGGAGCCAACUUCGUCUACCCCCCUGGUGGCACCCAACCCAUCCGCAUCGAGUCCUCUUCCUCCCAUGUGGCUGAGGGGCAGACCCUGGAUCUGAACUGUGUGGUGCCAGGACAAGCCCAUUCCCAGGUCACGUGGCACAAACGCGGGGGCAGCCUGCCUGCCCGGCACCAGACCCACGGCUCCCUGCUAAGGCUACACCAGGUGUCCCCUGCUGACUCGGGCGAGUAUGUGUGCCGGGUGGAGGGCAGCUCCGGGCCUCUGGAGACUUCUGUCCUGGUCACCAUUGUGCCUGCAGGCUCUGUGCCUGCACUUGGUGUCACCCCUCCAGUCCGGAUAGAGUCAUCUUCCUCUCAUGUGGCUGAAGGGCAGACCCUGGAUCUGAACUGCCUUGUUUACGGACAGGCUCAUGCCCAGGUCACAUGGCACAAGCGUGGGGGCAGCCUUCCCGCCCAGCACCAGGUGCAUGGGUCAAGGCUGCGGCUGCCCCAGGUGACUCCAGCUGACUCCGGGGAAUAUGUGUGCCGUGUGGCCAGUGGCUCAGGCACCCAGGAAGCCUCGGUCCUCGUCAAAAUCCAGCAGCGCCUCAGUCCCACACACACCCAGAGUGUGGUGUAUCCUGUCCGUAUUGAGUCUUCCUCAGCCUCACUGGCCAAUGGGCACACCCUGGACCUCAACUGCCUGGUUGCCAGCCACGCCCCCCAUACCAUCACCUGGUAUAAGCGUGGAGGCAGCUUACCGAGCCGGCAUCAGAUUGUGGGCUCCCGGCUGAGGAUCCCUCAGGUGACUCCAGCAGACUCCGGCGAGUACGUGUGUCAUGUCAGUAACGGUGCCGGUUCCCAGGAGACUUCACUCAUUGUCACCAUCCAGGGCAGUGGCUCCUCCCAUGUGCCCAGUGUCUCCCCACCAAUCAAGAUUGAGUCAUCAUCCCCCACAGUGGUGGAAGGACAAACCUUGGAUCUGAACUGUGUGGUUGCUGGACAGACCCAGGCUACCAUCACGUGGUACAAGCGUGGGGGCAGCCUUCCUUCCAGACACCAGACCCAUGGCUCCCGCCUGCGGCUACACCAGAUGUCUGUGGCUGACUCGGGGGAGUACGUGUGCCGGGCCAAUAACAACAUCGAUGCCCAGGAGGCCUCCAUCGUGGUCUCUGUCUCUCCCAGCUCCAGCAACCCCUCCACCCCUGUCGGAGCUGUGCCUAUCAGAAUCGAGUCAUCAUCUUCACACGUGGCUGAAGGGCAGACCCUGGAUCUGAACUGCGUGGUCCCUGGGCAGGCCCAUGCCCAGGUCACAUGGCACAAGCGUGGGGGUAGCCUGCCCACUCACCAUCAGGCCCACGGCUCAAGGCUACGGUUGUACCGGGUGUCCCCAGCUGACUCAGGUGAAUAUGUAUGCCGCGUGCUCGGCAGUUCUGGCCCCCUGGAGGCUUCAGUCCUGGUCACCAUCGAGGCUUCUGGCUCCAGUGCUGUACAUGUACCUGGUGGAGCCCCACCCAUCCGCAUUGAGACCUCUUCUUCUCGAGUGGCCGAAGGGCAGACACUGGAUCUGAACUGUGUGGUACCCGGGCAGGCCCAUGCCCAGGUCACAUGGCACAAGCGUGGGGGCAGCCUCCCCGCCCAUCACCAGGUCCACGGCCCCCUGCUGAGGCUGAACCAUGUGUCCCCGCCUGACUCCGGCGAGUAUUCAUGCCAAGUGACUGGCAGCUCAGGCACCCUGGAGGCUUCUGUCCUGGUCACAAUUGAGGCCUCCAGCCCAGGCCCCAUUCCUGCCCCAGGACUGGCCCGGCCCAUCUACAUUGAGGCCUCCUCCUCCCAUGUGGCUGAGGGGCAGACGCUGGAUCUGAAUUGCGUGGUGCCAGGACAGGCCCACGCCCAGGUCACAUGGCACAAGCGUGGAGGCAGCCUGCCCGCCAGGCAUCAGACCCAUGGCUCCCAGCUGCGGCUUCACCACGUCUCCCCUGCUGACUCUGGCGAGUACGUGUGCCGCGUGGUGGGCAGCUCAGGCCCUGUACAGGAGGCCUCAUUCACAGUCACAAUCCCACCCAGUGCAGGGUCUUCCUACCGCCUCCGGAGCCCUGUUAUCUCCAUCGAUCCACCCAGCAGCACCGUGCAGCAGGGCCAAGAUGCAAGCUUCAAAUGCCUUAUUCAUGAAGGGGCAACCCCCAUCAACCUUGAGUGGAAGACCCGGAACCAAGAGCUAGAGGACAAUGUCCAUAUCAGCCCCAACGGCUCCAUCAUCACCAUCGUGAGCACUCGGCCCAGUAACCAUGGGGCCUACCGCUGCGUGGCCUCCAAUGCUUAUGGUGUGGCCCAGAGUGUCGUGAACCUUAGUGUGCACGGACCCCCUACACUAUCUGUGCUCCCUGAGGGCCCUGUGAGGGUGAAAAUGGGAAAGGACAUCGCCCUGGAGUGCGUCAGUGCGGGGGAGCCCCGCUCCUCACCCCGCUGGACCCGAGUUGGAACUCUUGCCAAGAUGGAGCCACGGACAUAUGGGCUCAUGGACAGCCACACAGUGCUGAAGAUUUCAUCAGCGAAACCAUCAGAUGCUGGGACCUAUGUGUGCCUAGCCCAGAAUGCCCUGGGCACAGCACAGAAGCAGGUGGAGGUGAUCGUGGACACAGGCACUGUGGCCCCAGGGGCCCCCCAGGUUCAGAUUGAAGAAGCUGAGCUUACCUUGGAAGCUGGACACACAGCCACACUGCGCUGCUCUGCCACAGGCAGCCCCGCGCCCACCAUCCACUGGUCCAAGCUGCGCUCCCCACUGCCCUGGCAGCACCGGCUGGAAGGCAACACACUGAUCAUCCCCCGGGUGGCCCAGCAGGACUCGGGCCAGUACAUCUGUAAUGCCAGCAGCCCUAUCGGGCAUGCCGAAGCCACUGUCGUCCUGCACGUGGAGAGUCUACCAUAUGCCACCAUAGUCCCAGAGCGUGCCUCAGUGCGGGUAGGGGAGCCAGUGCAGCUGCAGUGCCUGGCUCACGGCACACCUCCGCUGAACUUCCAGUGGGGCCGCAGUGGUGGAAGCCUCCCUGUGAGAGCCACUGCUAGAAAUGAGCUGCUAUAUUUGGAGCCCACAGGCCCGGAGGACUCUGGCACCUACCGCUGCCAAGUCACCAACAAAGUGGGCUCGGCUGAGGCUUUUGCCCGUGUGCUUGUGGAAGACUCUUCCAGCUCUGUCCCAGGUACCUCGGUCCAGGCAGGAUCCGUACCCUCCGUGCACGUCACUCCACAGCUGGAGACCAAGAGCACUGGGGCCAGCGUGGAGUUCCACUGUGCUGUGCCCAGUGAUCAGGGAACCCAGCUCCGCUGGCUCAAGGAGGGAGGUCAGCUGCCCCCUGGCCACAGCAUACAGGAUGGGGUACUCCGAAUCCAGAACUUGGACCAGAGCUGCCAAGGGACAUACAUUUGCCAGGCCCAUGGUCCUUGGGGACAGGCCCAGGCCAGUGCCCGGCUAGUUGUCCAAGCUCUGCCCUCCGUGCUCAUCAACAUCCGCACAUCUGUGCAGACUGUGGUGGUUGGCCACGCUGUCGAGUUCGAGUGUCUGGCGCUAGGGGAUCCCAAGCCUCAGGUGACAUGGAGCAAAGUUGGGGGCCGCAUGAGGCCUGGCAUUGUGCAGAGUGGAAACAUUGUCAGAAUUGCCCACGUGGAGAUGGCCGAUGCAGGGCAGUACCGCUGCACGGCCACCAAUGCUGCUGGCACCACCCAGUCCCAUGUGCUGCUGCUGGUACAAGCCUUGCCCCAAAUCUCAACCCCCCCGGAGGUCCGUGUGCCUGCUGGCUCUGCAGCCGUCUUCCCCUGCAUGGCGUCAGGCUACCCCACUCCAGACAUCACCUGGAGCAAGCUGGAUGGUGACCUGCCACCCAACAGUCGCUUAGAGAACAACAUGUUGAUGCUGCCCUCGGUCCGGCCCCAGGAUGCAGGCACCUAUGUAUGUACUGCUACCAACCGGCAGGGCAAGGUCAAAGCCUUUGCCCAUCUGCAGGUGCCAGAGCGGGUGAUUCCCUACUUCACCCAGACACCCCACUCUUUCCUGCCACUGCCUACCAUCAAGGAUGCCUACAGGAAGUUUGAGAUCAAGGUCACCUUCCGGCCUGACUCAGCCGAUGGCCUCCUCCUCUACUCGGGGAUGCUGCUGUACAAUGGACAGAAGCAGAUCCCAGGGAGCCCCACCAACCUGGCCAACAGGCAGCCUGACUUCAUCUCCUUCGGCCUCGUGGGUGGAAGGCCUGAGUUCCGGUUUGACGCAGGCUCUGGCAUGGCCACAAUCCGCCACCCCACACCACUGGCCUUGGGCCAGUUCCACACUGUGACCCUGCUGCGCAGCCUCACCCAGGGCUCCCUGAUUGUGGGCAACCUGGCCCCCGUGAACGGGACCUCCCAGGGCAAGUUCCAGGGCCUGGACCUGAAUGAGGAGCUGUACCUAGGUGGCUACCCUGACUAUGGUGCCAUCCCCAAGUCAGGGCUGAGCAGCGGUUUUGUGGGCUGUGUCCGGGAGCUGCGAAUCCAGGGCGAGGAGACAGUCUUCCAUGACCUCAACCUCACAGCACAUGGCAUCUCCCACUGCCCCACCUGCCGGGACCGGCCCUGCCAGAAUGGGGGCCAGUGCCAUGACUCGGACAGCAGCAGCUACAUGUGCAUCUGUCCAGCUGGCUUCACUGGGAGCCGCUGUGAGCACUCGCAGGCCCUGCACUGCCACCCAGAGGCCUGUGGGCCUGACGCCACCUGUGUGAACCGGCCUGACGGUAGAGGCUACACCUGCCGCUGCCACCUGGGCCGCUCUGGAAUGAGGUGUGAAGAAGGUGUGACAGUCACCACCCCAUCCAUGUCGGGCUCUGGCUCCUACCUGGCACUGCCUGCCCUCACCAACACACACCACGAGCUCCGCCUGGAUGUCGAGUUCAAGCCACUGGCACCCGAUGGGAUCUUGCUGUUCAGUGGGGGGAAGAGUGGGCCUGUGGAGGACUUUGUGUCCCUCGCGAUGGCUGGCGGCCAUGUGGAGUUCCGCUAUGAGUUGGGCUCAGGGCUGGCUGUCCUGCGAAGCCCCCAGCCACUGGCCCUGGGCCGCUGGCACCGCGUGUCUGCAGAGCGCCUCAACAAGGAUGGCAGCCUGCAGGUGGAUGGGGGGCGCCCUGUGCUGCGCUCCUCACCAGGCAAGAGCCAGGGCCUCAACCUACACACCCUGCUCUACCUGGGCGGUGUGGAGCCUUCUGUACAGCUGUCCCCAGCCACCAAUGUCAGCGCCCACUUCCGCGGCUGUGUGGGCGAGGUGUCUGUGAAUGGCAAGCGGCUGGACCUCACCUACAGCUUCCUGGGCAGCCAGGGUAUUGGGCAGUGCUAUGACAGCUCCCCAUGUGAGCGCCAGCCCUGUCGGAAUGGUGCCACAUGCAUGCCCACAGGUGAAUAUGAGUUCCAGUGCCUGUGUAAGGAUGGCUUCAAAGGAGAUCUCUGUGAGCAUGAGGAGAAUCCCUGCCAGCUCCAAGAGCCCUGUCUGCAUGGGGGCACCUGCCAGGGCACCCGCUGCCUCUGUCUCCCUGGUUUUUCUGGCCCACGCUGCCAACAAGGCUCCAGACAUGGCACAGGGGAAUCUGAUUGGCACCUUGAAGGCAGUGGAGGCAAUGAUGCCCCUGGGCAAUAUGGAGCCUAUUUUCAUGACAACGGCUUCCUAGCCCUUCCUGGUGGCAUCUUCGCCAGGAGCCUGCCUGAAGUACCCGAGACCAUUGAGUUGGAGGUUCGGACCAACACUGCCAGUGGCCUCCUGCUCUGGCAGGGUGUGGAGGUGGCAGAGGCUGGUCAUAGCAAGGACUUCAUCAGCCUAGGGCUGCAGGAUGGCCACCUGGUCUUCAGCUACCAGCUGGGCAGCGGGGAGGCCCGCCUUAUUUCUGAGGACCCCAUCAAUGAUGGCGAAUGGCAUCGAUUGAUAGCACUGCGAGAGGGCCGGAGAGGCUCCAUCCAGGUCGAUGGUGAAGAGCUGAUCAGUGGCAAGUCCCCAGGUCCCAACGUGGCAGUCAACACCAAGGACAGUGUCUAUGUCGGUGGAGCCCCCGACGUGGCUGCAUUGACUGGAGGCAGGUUCUCCUCAGGCAUCACAGGCUGUAUUAAGAACCUGGUGCUGCACUCAGCCAGGCCUGGCGCCCCACCUCCACAACCCCUGGACCUGCAGCACCAGGCCCAGGCAGGGGCCAACACACGCCCCUGCCCCUCAUAGACACCUGCCUGCCCCACACGGACUCCCGGGCAGCGCCCAGCCCAACAACGUCAAGUAUAUUAUUAUUAAUAUUAUUAUGAAUUUUUGUAAGAAACUGAGGCAAUGCCACGCUUGCUGCUACCGCCCUGGGCUGGACUGGAGGGUGGGCAUGCCGCCUCCCACACACAUACAACUACACGGGCAAAGCCUAGGCUGAUGGGCAGAGCCAGUGGGAUAGGCAUAGAUGGCCUCAGAAGGCCAUGUGGACUUGGAGUCAGGCACAGUGGCUGGAUGGGUUCAGUACUGCCAUCCCCCCACUCCAAUGGAACCCCCCAAAGUACAGCUGGGCUGCCCAUUGUUGCAGCCAAGGGCAGUCCUCAUUCCUGUGAGAGCCAGCCCCAGCUUACCACCUGGUGCCUUGCCAGCUACCUGAAAAAGGGGGCAUCACAGUGGCCUUGGCCACCCCCUAUACUGGGAAGUCACCAGUGCCCACUGUAAAGGCAGCUCACCCUUCCCCCACCAGCUAUGGCCCAGCCCCUCUCCCUUCACCUAGCCAAGGGCCCCCUGCCCCUGGCAGCCUCCCCUUCCACCCAGCCUGCAUUCCCACCACCCCCACUCAUGGCCCAGGGCCCUGCCCUCAAGGGCUACAAGGGAAGCCCCCACCAAUACCCAGAGCUGCUAAGGCAGAGCCCAGCAAUGGGGUCCCCGCCACGCCAGGCCACACCAUCCCCCCACUUCUCUGGAGGUGAAGGCCCAGGACUUGGGGGAAAGGAGCCAGAAGACCCGUGCUUUGGUGGGGGAAGCCGAGACCCCCCCUGACAGGGUGAGAGGAGGGGAGAUGACAGCCCCACCCAUCUGGGAACCUGAGGAUCCUGGGUGAGCGGCCCCAGCCUGUGGUAUGGGGCUACCUGGCCUUGGGUCCUAGAAGGAUCCUCCUGUGGUCUUUGUCUUGAUUUUUCUUAAUAAACGGUGCUAUCCCCGCCAGGGGCCUCCUGUGUCUUUGACAA